GAGAGAAGCCGCAGCAGCUUUUGGAAGAAGCUGAUCAGAAGUUGUGUUACCAAACGCUUCUCCAUCUUGUGCUCAUAAGCAGGGGAGCUAAAAAGCCCUCCCAAACGCAGCCAUAAUAUGCUGCAGUAGGCGCGCUUGGUGACCCAAGCCAAACACUAAACCCAAAAUAGGUGAGCGGCGAUGGCGUCUCGGUCACUUUUCGUCACUCUCAGACGAAAAUGCAGUGCGAGCCGCAUGGUGGGCAACACUUGUAUUUCAAGAUCGUUUUCUUCAGGUGCUCUGAGUGAAUCUCUCCAAGAUUCUCAGGAAAUUGACGACCUGAAGACCAGAAUCUUCAGGCUGAGGCUGCCCAAGAGAAGCGUCACCAACGUUCUUGAGAAAUGGGUCUAUGAAGGUAACCAAAUCACCAUCUCAGAGCUUCGCCAGAUCUCGAAGGACCUUAGGAUGUCUCAGCGUCACAAGCACGCUCUCGAGGUAUCGGAGUGGAUGGUCGCCCAUAAUGAGUUUGAGUUAUUAGAUUCAGACUAUGCAGUCCGCAUUGUCUUGAUGACAAAAGUCUUUGGUAUUGAUGCUGCAGAACGGUACUUUGAAGGUCUACCUCCUACUGCAAAAACUAGUGAGACAUAUACUGCUCUCCUCCACUGCUAUGCUGCAGCAAAAUUGACUGAAAAGGCUGAGGAUCUCUAUGAGGGAAUAAAGAAUUCGAAGCUGUCCCUUAGUGCCCUUACUUACAAUGAGAUGAUGACUAUGUACAUGUCAGUGGGACAAGUGGAGAAGGUCCCUUUAGUUGUUGAAGAACUAAAACGGCAGAAGGUUGCCCCAGAUAUCUUCACUUACAAUCUUUGGAUAAGUUCAUGUGCUGCAAUGCUAAAGAUAGAUCAAGUUAAAUGGAUAUUAGAUGAAAUGAGAUCUGAUCCUGGUUUUGCUGAAGGCUGGGAAACAUACAUUAACCUGGCCAAUCUAUAUAUCAAUAUUGGUCAUCUGGUGAAUGAAGAAUUCAACUCUCUGGUUGAAACUGAGAAAGGAAUCACACAAAGCGAAUGGAUUACGUACGACUUCCUCAUUAUUCUGCAUGCUGGUUUAGGAAACAAAGGUAGAAUCGAUCAGAUAUGGAAAUCCUUGUUAAUGACAAAACAAAAGAUGACAAGUAGAAAUUAUAUUUGCAUCAUUUCCUCAUAUAUAAUGCUUGGGCAGCUGAAAGAAGUGGGAGAAGUUGUUGAUCAGUGGAAGCUUUCAACCACUGCAGAUUUUGUUGUUUCUGCCUGUAGGAGGGUUUGGAAUGCAUUCAGAGACAUUGGGUUGACUGAAAAAGCCCACGACUUCCACGCACUUCUGAUUCAGAAGAACUGCGAUUCUUCAAAUUCGUUAGAGUAGGCCUGAAAAUGAGUUUUGUUUUAGAUAAUUGAACUACAGACAAGCCAGUUUUAUGGCGUCUGGACCAGUCCGGAGGAGUAAUAAACAGUUGCAUGAAAUUCGCAUGUUUUUUUUCUUUUCCUGGAAAUUGGUAUUCAUCCUGGAGUGCUUCUAUCCAGACUUUCAGAUAUGCUAUUUGGACCUCUUCUUCCAAUUUUAACCCCUCAUGGCCUCCGUUCUCAUCUUCUACCAACACUACACCAACACUAUCGCACAGCAUCUCCUGCAGAAUUCAGUCCAACCACUUCCGGUGGUGUCACCUACUACCAUUGAGUCAUCGUCCCCAGCAUGAUCUCCCAAUAUAUUAUGUCCUCCCAUCAUGCAUGCCAUGGCACCAUCACUAUCAAUCUUAGAAUGAGAAGCCGUCUCUCAACAUGCGGGGUGAGAGAGACGCAAAAGCCGCUAAACUGUAAUUGUAAUUUUUUUAGUUUUUAAAAAUCAUACAAGGUCUGCAUAUCAAUUUUAGAAGGUAUGAAUAAAAUUACCCUUCAUCACGUUUCAUUCCAUC